AGUCUAACUCUAUGCUCCUGAGGAAGCAAAACUACUUUUCUCUGCAUCCCAGGACACAGUCCUCUUAGGAGAGGGUGCGAUUUUUUGAACUAACUGAUUCUACUAUGUUAACUGGGGAAUGGUCAUCUUACCCUUUCCCUCCUGGGUGACUUUGUAGCCACCAAGACCACAAACUAUAUUUGUACUGGUCCAUCCCCUGCUCUUCUCACUGGAAAUCCUUCAGUGGACAAAUGGGGAGAAGACACAGGUUAUUUCCAAAAGCAUCCUUAGUCCAGGUUCCUCCAAAAGGUCUCUGUUACCACAGCAAGUCAGUGCUAUUGCCGUGCCCACCUCAUCGCAUAGCACCACUGUGGGAAAGAGACCACCUUCCCAGAGCUGAGAAGAGUACCAAAUUCAAUGACCAGUCCAGCUCCACCCAAUUACCACUUCAUCCUCAUAGAAGAACUGCAACCUUACCUUGGCUCAAGCAUCCAGCCACAAAUUCUGUGCCGUUGCCGUACCUGAAAUACCAGGGUACAACUAAACCAUCUCCAUGCCCGUGCCAUCCGGACCCCUCUGUCUUGUCUCUACCUAACUCCAAAUUCAGGGAAAGGGCAAAUGUAGCCCUAGGAACACCUUCUAUAUGUGUUAAAACUCCGCUUCACCCAAAACACAAAGCGGAGACUCCUGUAGCCCUCGAACACUUCCCCACUAUCUUACGGAGCCAGAAAUGUCAGAAAGAGGAGCCGCCACAUCUCAGACAGAAGCAAUCACCUGUCCCAUUCCCUGAGCACAGGUCCGAAGAGUGGCCUCAUCUCAAACAGCAGCCACCCCAUCUCAAAUACAAUCCUCGCUACCAGGCUGAAGAGCUGUCACAGCACAGACAGAAGUUCCCUUCGUCACCACCAAUCCUCACCCACCAGCUGGAGACGACGUCACUGAUGGACCAUAAGACCAAGGCAAUGGGUGAACCUUCCGUGUUCUCUGACCCUCAGGCCAGUGCCAGACCUGCCCCAGUGAGUUCCAGUCACUCCACAGAAGCAGCUCAGAAUCAUAAGCACCAAGUCAGAAUUCUAACUUUUAUGUUAGGCGGGGGAGGAACCAACCUCUUGCCCAAAUGUCUAAUUUUAGAAUCACCUUGUAAGAACCACAAUUCUAAGACAGAUAUAGUUUUGGAAAAAGCAUCAGACCUUGAUUAUUUGGUCAACGAGGCUUCCAGACAUCCUGGCCUUGCCUUCAGGGAAACUGCUUUACCUUUCCUAAGCCUCAACCAGCAGUCUAGAACCUGGGUUUCACCUUCAUCCCGGCCCAAAUAUGUCAGCAGGAGCACAAGCACAGAAGCCCCCUGGCCUCAAUUCAAUGCGAUGUUCACAAACAUUAUAUCACCAGAUCCCAACCACCAGGCCAGGGUAACCAUGAUACAGUCACGAGGCUUCAUCCUGAGCACCAGAGCAGCCUCUGAUCCUUCCUUGUCCCUGGGAACCCGGGGGACCUCUGGGCCCUUCCAAUGCCCUGAACAUGCAGUUGAGGCUUCACUAGGCCCUGAUUACAAUGUCAAGGAUACCACUGGGCCACCAUCACAUUCUGAGCACAAAGUUAAAAUACCUCCCCCAGGAGUUGAUCACUUCAAUGAGGUCUCACCGGAUUUAAGUCAUCAGGCAACAAUUUCGAUGGGCCCUGAACGAAGAACUUCACCUUCAGUCGUCUUGAGCAGUGGGCCUACAGCAACAUCUAGAUCAAAGACCCAAGUCAAAACACCAUCGUUCCCUCCCAUCAACCAGAUCGAAUCCCUACCUUGUCCUAGGCUUUCGGGUAGGGAUUCACUGACACUAGAGUAUAAGUCCCGAGGCCCAGCUGGUGUUGGCCAGCAAGUUGAGGUUCCAGUAGACCCUGAUAACCAAGUCACCCCAUCACUCUGCCCUGAGCAACAAGCUAGGUCUAUGUGGAGCCCAGACUGCCAAACCUCAGUGACACUAAGCCUCGACGACCACACACAAUUACUAAAUAUUUUUGACCAUCAAGAGAAAGAACCACCGGCCUCAGACACCCAGGACAAUCAUGAAUUAGGUGGUCCUCAGUACCAGACUCAAACUGCACCAGGCCCUCAUGAGAUCAUACCUCCAGUAAGUGAUAAAACCAAGGCCAUACCUCCACUCGGUCACACAACCGAGACUGAAUCACAGGCUAAGAAAGCCAUUCAACCAGCAAGCCCUCCCAAACAAGCAAUACCUCAAUUAUGCCCAGAUUAUUGGAUGAUUCCUCCUCAAACCAUUGCAGAUCGUAUGAGGGAGACUAUGCCAGACACAAGUGCCCAGGUGACCCCAUAUCAAACAGAAGUAGACUUCAGGAAAACAAUGCCACAGGAUCCAGACCAUCAGUCCACAACUCUCCCAUGCCAAGAUGAUGGUGCAGCACCUUCACAGGGCAUAGACUGCCAGGUAAUAACUCCACCAUGUCAGGAAGACACUGAGACAUCUUCACUGGGCAUAGACCACCAGGUCAUAACUCCACCAGGGCUAGAUGACAAUGAGAAAACUUCACUGGGCAUAGGCCACCAGGUCAUAAUUUCAUCAGGGCAGGGUGAUGACAGUGAGAUACCUUCACUGGGCAUAGACCACCAGGUCAUAAGCCCACCAGGGCAGGAUGACAGUGAGACACCUUCAUUGGGCAUAGACCACCAGGAUAUAACUCCACCAGGGCAGGAUGAUAACAGUGAGAUACCUUCACUGGGCAUAGACCACCAGGUCAUAGGCCCACCAGGGCAGGAUGACAGUGAGACACCUUCACUGGGCAUAGACCACCAGGUCAAAACUCCAUCAGUGCCAGAUGACAACAGUGAGAUACCCUCACUGGGCCUAGACCACCAGGUCAUAACUCCACCAUGGCAGUAUGACAGUGAGACACCCUCACUGGACAUAGACCACCAGGACAUAACUCCACCAUGGCAGAAUGACAGUGAGACAUCUUCACUGGGCAUAGACCACCAGGUCAAAACUCCAUCAGUGCCAGAUGACAACAGUGAGAUACCCUCACUGGGCCUAGACCACCAGGUCAUAACUCCACCAUGGCAGUAUGACAGUGAGACACCUUCGCUGGACAUAGACCACCAGGACAUAACUCCACCAGGGCAGGAUGAUGACAGUGAGACACCUUCACUGGGCACAGACCACCAGAUCAUAAGCCCACCAUGGCAGGAUGACAGUGAGACACCUUCACUGGGCAUAGGCCCCCAGGUCAUAACUCCAUCAGGGCAGGAUGACAACAGUGAGAUGCCUUCAUUAGGCAUAGACCACCAGAUCAUAAGCCCACCAUGGCAGGAUGACAGUGAGGCACCUUCACUGGGCAUAGGCCACCAGGUCAGUGAGACAUCUUCACUGGGCAUAGACCACCAGGUCAUAAGCCUAUCAGGGCAGGAUGACAGUGAGACAACUUCACUGGGCAUAGACCGCCAGGUCAGUGAGACACCUUCACUGGGCAUAGACCACCAGGUCAUAAGCCCACCAGGGCAGGAUGACAGUGAGACACCUUUACUGGGCAUAGACCAUCAGGACAUAACUCCACUAGGAAAGGAAGACAACAGUGAGACACCUCCACUGGGCAUAGACUGCCCAGUUAUAAGCCCACCAGUACAGGAUGACAACAGUGAGACACCUUCACUGGGCAUAAACCACCAGGUCAUAACUCCACCAAGGCAGGAAGACACUAAGACACCUUCACUGGGCAUAGAAUACCAGGUCAUAACUCCACCAAGGCAGGAUGGCAGUGAGACACCUUCACUGAGCAUAGACCACCAGGUCAUAAUGCCAACAAGGCAGAAUGACAGUGAGACACCUUCACUAGGCAUAGACCACCAGGUCAUAACUCCACCAAGGCAGGAUGACAGUGAAACACCUUCCCUGGGCAUAGACCACCAGGUCAUAACUCCACCAGGGCAGGAUGACAGUGAAAUACUUUCACUGGGCAUGGACCACCAAGUCACAACACCACCAUGCCAGGAUGAUGGUGCAGUUCCUUCACAGGACAUAGACCAUGAGGUAACAGCUCUACCUGACUCUGAUCACCUUACCAUAGCUACACCAAACCUCAAAUUAGGGGCUGUACUGGAGCCCAGUGAGCAUGUAGAGGUCACACCUCUACAUGACCUAGACCAUGAAGCAAACACGUCAGUGAGACCCGAGUACCAAAAUACAACUUCAUUUGGUCAUAACAACCAGGUUGAAAUUGGAUCAGACACCAACAACAACCAGAGCACACUUCCAGCAGGCAAGGAUGAUCAAGUUAUACCUUUUCUCAUGCCUAAAAAAAAGACUAUUCCUUUGUCCACUCUCAACCACCAGAAGGAUGCUCCAGCAGACCAUGGCCACUGCCAGGUUAAGGCUUCAAUGACUUCUUACCACAAAGAUAAGGCUCAGUCCGGGUUCCAGAAUCAGAUUGUAAAAAAGAGAGAAAUCCCAUGGCAUUUGAAGUACAUCAAACCAUACACCAUCGAGGGCAGGGACAACGUCUCUUCUAGAACCGUACGUGCCAUCAUCAAUUCCAUCCCUGAGGAGAAAAUAAAAAGGGACAUAUGUAAACAGAUCCUCUUUCGGCUAAUGAAGGAAAGUCCCCGUCAGAAGCCUGGUGAAUGCAUGUCAACCAGUUAUUCAAUCUGCUUAGAGUGUGCCUCCUGGGUCCCAAAUGGCUGUCUCCAUGACAAGAGAACAAAACGCCAAUUUGAAGCAGAGAUGUUGGCCAUACCAAUGCCUCUGCCAGGCUCUGAAGAGGAGAUGGGCUUGAAAUUUGUCCUGAGAGUACCCUAUAAGCCCUUCUCCUUCUUCAGUCAGCUCUUCCCUGAGCUCAAUAUACAAUGGCCAUUAUACUAUGCACCAUAUUUUCCAUCAUUCUCACACAAAAACAUUGUAUUUCAAGUGCCUGCAAAGGCCAAGUGGCUUGAUUACUCAGAAACUGAUAAUUACCCAUGGAAAACUAAAACAUCUAGAAGUCAUCAGUCACUCAUGGAAGAGAAUCUUUCCAUCCUCCCAAGAGAAUCCAUUCCCACGGGGAAGGAGAAUAAUGAAAAAGAGAAGUCAAAGGGACCUAGAAAGGGUUUCAAAUCUCUGCUUGAGAAAUUUCAAAGGUUAAGGCAAAAUUAAAUUACCCAUCUUUUUCUUUGGAAAUGAUCGUGUACCUUUGA